AUGUUGACCAAAGCAGCUGGCUCACCACUCCCUUCAAUAACAGAUGACGAGAGACACCACUCCGAAAAGCGGGCUAUAAUAGGCAACGCCCCACUGGAGGACUGGGAAGUUGCACUGCUAAUCCUCGGGGCCCUGUUUGGGAUCAUGCUCAUAGGCGCCGUGGGCGGCAUUUGCGAGGUGGUACUGGCUGGCAGGAUCAAAGAGAGCAACGCUGAAGCCGACGCCAAAUUAGAGGCGAAUGGAAACCGUGCCAUCGCUGAGGAAGCUGAAGGCGGGAAGACGGAGGGCCAAGAAGGAGUCAUAGACCCGGACCGGUAUUCAUGGCAACCGGAGAGGAUGACGACCGGCCUGAGCGACGACUCUACACUGGCUGGGUCAGAUCCUGGGGUCUCCCAAUCGGAUGUCUCCCAAGGCGAGCGGGCGAUGGCUGAAGAGGGAGACUGGUACCCAGGAUCUGAAGGCGCUCAGCAGGCAGCGAGCGUGCCAUGGACCAGCGAGGGUCUGCCCCUGCCUGAUUCAUCACAGUUUGUCAUAGACGACGUGGAUAGUCCUGGCUAUGGAGAAACCCACGGCGAUGCUCAGAGCUACGAGGCCUACCCUGGACACCUGAACCCACCGCCGCCCAUGCCAAGGGACAAUACCAUGCAACAACAGGAUGCAGAGGACCAAUACUGGAACGAAGAGAACAACGGGACCUCCGGCGCUGGUUCUUCCCAAGCCGAGUAUAACGGCUCUUCUGCCGAUGACUACAAUGGACAGUCGAUGAUGGUUCCGCCUGGGGCAUAUUCUGGCGAGGGUUACAGCCCAGCGGUCAUGCCCGAUUCGGCCGACUACCUCUCGGAAUACUGA